GUGUUUGUGCCUUCCUUUGGACUUGCGGAGUUGAUUAACCUUGGCCUCUGCGCUCCGUGGUAUUAUUCUCGCGGUUCACGUCUUGAAAGAGAAUCACUGGGGAGAUUUUGUCUCAAAAUCAGAUUAUUUCCACAGUUAAUCACCCGCAACAUCAACAGUUCACUGUUACGCUCGAUUGGGAGCAGUGUUAUUUAAAUCUUGGAACAUCUGUGUUGACGAAAAAGGGUCGCGUUGGGCUUAUUUUGGAUUUUACCCUUGCUUUAUUUUAACAAUUCCUUUUAUGAGGACAUUUUAGAAAUUCUUCCGGUGGUGAAGUGGACUCUCUCCAAUCUCGGAUGCCGCGCAUUUUAACUCAAGAACCAUGAGGAUCAAUUACACCAGCGUUUUGGCAUUAUUUUUCGCGGUUACCUACGAACUACCUUUGCUUGUUGUCGGAGAACGUCUAAAUAAUGAUAUUGUGAAGAACUGGUCUGCGCUAGUGGAGAGCUAUCUCCUAAAACUUGCCGAGGAAGGCCUAAAAACGCGCGAGCUACAGAAGUUGUACGACAACGCAAAUUACACAGUGGAAGAAAAAAGUGGAUUCGAUACUGUGAACUCUGUGAAAUCACGGCUAGGAAACUACUUCGUUAAAAAGGAAAAUGCGGCCAGGAAAGUUGCAGAAGAAGUUGCUAGACUUCAUGAUGAAUUUUACACCAAUGAAACUCUACAAAAAAUGGCAAAGGUGUCAACUCUACAAGAGCUUGGUGACAAAUUCUACUCUGACUCAGAUCUUGUGGAUACUCUGCCUAAAGAUCUGGAAUUCAAUACGUUAUUUAAGCAGAAAGUGAGUAAAAGCAGGAGCUCUGUGAAGAUAUCUGAUCAGGUCGCCAGAAGCAACCCCAAGCUGAUUGAAGCUGUGUUUUGGUCGUCACUUCUGGAUAACGUGUUUAAGGAAAAUUCAAAAAGUGAUCCAGAAUUAAGGUGGCAGAAUUUUGGUUCAAUAGAGGGCUUCGUCAGAACGUACCCAACUCGAGAAUGGUCCUUAAACUUUGCUGGGUUCCACAUAGAUUACGACCCCAGAUUGAGGCCGUGGUAUAUUGGUGCCACGUCAGGCCCUAAGGACAUCGUCAUUAUCCUGGAUUGCAGCUUGUCCAUGGCGGGAAAGAAAUUUCACAUGGCCAAACAAGUAGCAAAGACAGUAUUGAACACCCUGACUAAACAAGAUUAUGUCAAUGUUAUCUGUGGACACGAGAGUCACUGGGAUGAAGUAGGAAAGUGGUUUGAGUACAAGACAGAAGUACUUAGCUGCCAACAAAAUCGACUGGUACCGGCGUCCACUUCUCACCGGAAGGACUUAAUUGAAAAGAUUGAUAACCUGAGGGCUGGUGGAACAAGUGAACUCAAAAAGUCUUUCAAGUUGGCAUUCGAAUUGUUGCAAGGAGCAGCUAGAACCGGCUGCCAGAGCAUCAUUGUUUUCGCUACAGAUGGAGUGGAUAAUGAUGGGGACCCUGUACGCUGUGGCCCAGGUUACUACACCAGGAGCGGUUACGUUCCAGGGCAGAUAUGCAAAUAUGACUGGAAUGAUGUGUGGGAUGAAGUGCUGGCUAAGAAUAGAUAUAUGAUUCCCAGGACUCGGAUCUUUUCGUAUUUGACCGCAGACGAUGGCGAAGAAUUCCCAGGAAAGCUUGCUUGCGAUAAUGAGGGCUUCAUGAAGAAGCUAACAGACGAAGAGAACAUCAUAUCACAAAUGCAGGAUUACUACAGCUUCUUGGCGUCCAAUACAAUAAGCAUUAGUAAUGUCACGUGGACGUCUCCUUAUCUGGACGCGUCGGGCCUGGGACUCAUGGUCACGGUGGCAAUACCGGUCAUCAGCAAAUUCACGAAUAAGACUAUAGGUGUGGUUGGAAUUGAUGCCACACUGGAAGAGAUUGAGAACAUCCUGUUGAACGACCAGUGGGGAUCGGUGUACGCUUUUCUGGUGAAUGAGGGAGGAGAGACAAUUUUUCACCCGCUUUUGCGACCAAGCACUGAGCUUGUGGAUGAUCCAAUCUUCAUUCCAAUCAGCACCCUCGAACAGCGCAAUGGUAAACCGGCGGAGUUUGACACAGUCGCCAAAGGGAUGAUGGAUGGCGAGACUGGCUCUCUUAGAAUCGAAAACGCUAUUAGAAGCAUUCCAAAAGGAGAUUUUCAAGAUGGAGUUAUGCUCGUUACUCUACCCUCCACUUAUUACUACACGUCAAUCAAGGACUCCGAGUACGUUUUUGCCUUCAAUCUCGCAGACUCGGAUAAGAAUUACCGCAGACCAGCAUCACCGCCGCGUGGGAUGAAAAUUCCUGUCAAUUAUUACGCCAACAUUUUGUCCUAUAACUCCCCUGAAGUGAGACAGGUUUUGGGAAAUUUGUACGAAGAUCUCAAUGUUGAGUACAACGUGUCUUUCUUCCCUGAUUUACCCUUGACUUUUAACGCGUCCACUGUGAUGCUGAGCCCCAAGACCUACUGUAACCCAAACAACUUCCUCUUCAGGGAAAAUAACAGCGAUAUCACCAUCGAAGCACAUCGUUUUCUGAACGGGGAGGGAGAUAAUAGUGGUUGUCCACAUGGACGAUUUCGGGCUUCUGUUAGACCUGAUGUAGAGAUUACAUCAUUAAUAGAGGACAUAUGGAAGAACAAUCGGUCGAGAGAGAUUUUGAAAGAUGUUCCCUGGACAUACAUUGGUACACGAAGUGGUAUUUUCCGUUCUUACCCAGGCCACCGCUCACGAAAGAACUUCGACCCGACCAAGCGGCCAUGGUAUCACCGUGCCUUGGUAAAUCCAGCCAAAGCAGCUGUGUCUAAUGCCUACAUGGACGCCAAUGGUAUUGGGAAAGUGAUCACAAUUUCAGAAGCAGUUUUCCAGGCUUUGCCACAAAACACGUCUAAUAUAACUUGCGGGGGCACAAGUAAUCUUCCAGGGGGAUGCGCGUGUUCAAGGGAUGUUCAGUGUAUUUCAGGCAAGUGUCGUGUUUAUGAAGGGAAUCGUUCCCUAUGCGCUGGGGAUCGAGUUGAAGCAGUCACAGCCUUAGAUAUCCUAUACAAUGAUUUCCAUCGCCGAGUGUACGGGCUGCUGGACAGCUCAGGAGAGGAGAAAUCCUGUGGAAUGAACUACACUUGUCCUGAUGGCGAGCACGUGUGUCAAACGAGAUGCUACCUAGUAGAUAACUUGGCUAAUUUAGUCACCGAUCCAGACUUCCUUCUGGCGAGUACUACAGACGCGCGAGAAUAUGAACGAGUAAGCCUGGGACGUAAAGAGGGUGACGUAAUGAAACUUUUGGUCACAAAGCAUAAGUUCUUUGUCCCUAACCAACGAGUUGAUUUCCAGGGAAUAUGCAGCGUUUCCCCGUAUGCACCAAAGGUAACAUUGGAAGGAAUCGUUAGAACACCUGAACAGGAAGAUGACUACUACAAGAACAGAGGGCCUAUUCCUCCAUUUAGAAACGAGUACGGCUGCAUUCAGGAUGUUGUAGGCUACACUUCAGACGAUGCUGUUCUGGGUCCUGAUGGCAUCAUUGCGGACUCUGUUGAUGGUCCUUGCAGAUCCGGGAAGUUUUUCCUCUCGGCUCUCCCCAGGACUAAUCUCUAUCUGCUUGUGAUAGAGAACUGGAGCGAGUACCGUCAAUCCUACUUUUAUAACUUUAACUGCCACAUUAGCAACCGAGUGUAUGACGCAGGCGCAUUCCGCAUCGUAAACGGCACAUGCGCACACAUUGAGACCCAAACGAGUCUUAAAAAGAAGGAAAAGUGCCCCGCUCUAAAGAACGUCGAGAUGCAAUGUAGCUACAAUGUGUCUAAUACUCUAACAGUACCCAGCCUUAUACAGUUGUUUGUGACAGUCUUCGCUGUCAUUUUCAAGACGAGAUGAUUAAUUAUUAUCGUUAUUUUAGAGAACUAGUUAAUUUAUUUGAUGAUCUUCGAAAAUGUAUUCCGACAGAUUUUUACAAUUGAUUGACCCACCACCUACUGAAAUAACCU